GGUACUGUGGACAUACUUUUCGUAGUAAGUUACCAAAAAUAAUUGGACCAUCUUACAUCAUCAUUAUAUUUAAUGAAGAUACGAACUAACGUUUUUCUUCCUAUACUGUAAAAUUUUUUCCUGCUUCAUUAUAAUUGAAAUCUUAUCACGGUUAUGUUUGUCUAAGAUUUUACACUGUUUUCAUAUUUUAGUAACCAAGUCCGUAAAUCAUUGGGUUUUUUUUCAAGCAAUUUCAUUCCUUUAUUUAACACACCAAUAUAUUUACUCAUUUUCUCUUAACCAUAGAAAUUUUACCAUUAAAUCGUGACAGCAAUAGAAUUUUUUUUAAAAAUAUGUCAUUUUAGCAAUGACCUAUCAGAUGCAUCAACUAAUGGGUUUCAGAGGUCUAGAGAACCAAUGUAGUCUGUCAAACCCUAGAAAAAAUUGCUUUGAUUUGGUUCGCUUGCUUCGCACAGGGUCAAAAUUACGCCUCCCCUAGUUUUAGAAACCAGACAUGUAUGUCAGUUUAAUCUGCCUGCCUCUCUAAUGUAUGAAUCAGUCGAUUGGCCUAGAGGAUAGACAGACACGUAUAAAUAAAAAUCUCUCGUGUCACUGAGUCAGCCUGGUCUUCAGGAUUGUCCAGUGUUUGAGCCUGUGUGCCAGAGUUGGCAUCAAGCUUGGCAUAUGUACUGAAACUAUAUAUAGGUUGAUUGUUAUUCAGUACAGCUGCAAACGUCUGCUUCUUUCAGAAUUCGGAUUGGGAUUGUUGUUAAUAGUGGUCUAUUUUGCAUUGCAAAAUUGCAUAGAAUUUCAGUGAACUUGCACAUGUUUUCGGUCUUCACAUACCUAAAUAUCUACUGAUUAUUACAUCAUUCCUGCAGCCCAUUCUGGCCGUGGAUCACAUUAAAUCGUUUGUUUCCAUGUCAACGACGGUUGUAGGCCAGAGGCCAGCUCCUCACCGCCCUUUUCGAGGUUUAGUUCAAGUGGGCUACACUCCUUCACGAGCUACACCCCCAGCCACGCCUGUUGAUGCGACGACAACGCGUGAGGAGGCGCUUCUUGCAACUUCCGUCAAUGGAUGUAUUACUGGUGUCAGUCAUAUAAAACCUUUCUUCCUACCCCCUCGUGGUCAAGGAGAAGGAAAUCAUGGCUCUGUGGAGAAAGGUUUGGGCUACGGGGCAUUCGGAGUUGUUUGGUCAGUUAUCGAUCCACGUGAUGGUCAAAAAGUGGCACUCAAACGCAUACCACGGGUUUUUCAUAAUCCUAUUACAGCUAAACGUGUUCAUCGGGAAUUAAAAAUGCUCUCUUGUCUUAAACAUGAAAAUAUUGUAAAUUUAAUCGACGUAGUUAAAUCGGAAAGUUAUUUAAAUUUCGAAGAAAUUUACUUUUUGUUCGAAUUAAUGCAAACGGAUCUGCACAAAAUUAUUGUCUCGCCACAACCAUUAUCUUUAGACCAUGUGAAAAUAUUUGUUUAUCAAAUAUUACGAGGUUUAAAAUAUCUUCAUUCAGCUCGGAUUAUACAUCGUGAUAUUAAACCAGGAAAUAUGUUGGUUAAUUCGAACUGUCUGUUAAAAAUAUGUGAUUUUGGUUUGGCACGAAUUGAUGAUCCAUUUGGAGAGGCUGUUCUUACACAAGAAGUUGUUACACAAUAUUAUCGAUCACCGGAACUACUUAUGGAAGCAACACGCUAUUCAUAUGCUGUGGAUAUUUGGAGUGUUGGAUGUACUUUUGCUGAGUUAUUAGGUCGACGUAUUCUAUUUCCAGCUCGAAGUCCUUUAGAACAAUUAGAACUGAUUAUUAACCUUACUGGAAGUCCUAGUCCUGGAGAUUUAGAAAGUUGUCAUCCAGAUGCAUGUUGUUUUGUACUUUCAUCAAGAUUACGUGAUCCAAAUCUUUCUAUUCUUUAUGCUCUUACACCUGAUGUGAAUGAAUUAACUGUUCAUCUAUUGGGUAGUAUGCUCAAAUUCAAUCCGCGUCAGCGUAUUUCUGCUACUGAUGCAUUAAAUCAUCCAUUUCUGGAAGAAGCACGUCUGCGUUAUCAUUCAUGCAUGUGUUCUUGUUGCCACGAUGUCACAUUGAACUCUGUCAAUGAUGAUAAUGUUCAAACAACAACUGGAUUUUGUUGUGCUCCAUCAUCAUCAGCCUCAUCAUCAUGCACUUCAUCAUCGACUCCGUCGUCUGAUUCAAUACAAAGUAUUAAUGGAAAAUGUUUGCAUAGAUAUGAAGCAAAAACUGCCGCUAAUGCUAUACCAUCAGGUAGUGGGAAUUCAUCAUUUUCUUCUAAUGCUACUACUACCAAUGGUCCCACAGCUAGAAGACGUUAUUUUCAUGAUCUUGAUCCAAUUUGUUCAAUUCUACUUCCACUUGAUUUAGAUUCAGGAUUUCGUCGUCUCUCCGAUGCUAAACGUGUUUUAUGGGAUAGUAUACAAGAAUAUUAUCGUCGAGACGAUCGGUUAACAAGGGUUGUGCUUAAUCGAAAUGCUGCAAAUUACAACAGUUUUAUUAAUUCUUCAGUUGCACAGGCCAAAGAAAUUCCUGCUAGUCAUCGUUGGCAUUAAUCAUCAAAGUUGGCGAUUACUCACGAAAGUAUACAUGUAUCAAGUUGAAGUUUAUAUGUAACCAUUUUGUAAGGUGUUUCAGUGAUUGAUGCUGUUUUUUUUUAAAAGUGAUAUUUUUCUCAUCAAAAACUCACACUGAUCGGUAAUUGUCUUCCAAUGCUCUAUUAUACUACAAUAGAAAAUCAGUAAUACACAUAAAAGAAUGAUCCUUUUCACCCUAUUGCCCCCUUGUCCCCCACCUUCAUCUACUUCACAUCAAUUUUCAAUGAGAACAUGGGGCACAGUAUGAAUAUGGGAAAACAUAAUUGUCAAAAUACUCACCGUUUUAUUUACUGUCAUAUAUAUAUAUAUAUAUAUA